AGGGAGGGAGGAAAAAUGAAGGAGCUUCGGAGCGCUGGAGCUCUGACUGUGGACGAGCUGAUCCUGAGCGGCCACAGAGCGGAGCCACCGGCGCCCACUGGUCCCCGAAGCUGCCAAUCGGGGCGUAAUCCUGUAGGAAUUUCUCCCGGGUUUAGCUGGGAGUCACACUGCCGCCUCCUCUCCCCCAGACGCCCGGAGGAGCUGGGAGAAGCAGGCAAGGGAGGGAGGGAGGGAGCGGGAGGAGAAGAGGAGUUGGGGGGAGGAUCGGGGGAGGAGGAUCGGGGGAGGGAGGCCGUGGCGGAGAGGAGGAGGGGCAGAGCCGCUGAGCCACUAGCCGAGCUCGGACGCGCUUCCCUCCAGAUACUCCGGGAGCUCCAGCCGCGCGAGUCGCGCGCUUUCGCCGCUCUGCCCCCAAACUUCAGCUGCAGCUACAUUCCAAGCCAUCUGAUUUAUUCCUCAAAACCAGCAACGGAACCGCGACACUGGGAAGGAGUCCGCGGAGGAGUAAAACAGCCGCAGAGCAAGAAGAGCUCGAGAGAGCAGCCUCCCCGGAGCACCAACUCGGCUUCGGGAGUGCAGAAACCAACAAGUGAGAAGGCGCCGCAUUCCCGGGGCGCAGCCGCGGGCGGCGGGAGCAGGCGCAGGAGGAGCCAGCGAGCGCCCCCGAGCCGGGAGCCCCAGUGCCGGAGCCCCAGCCGCGGUCGUUGCGUGCUCCGGUCCGGAUCUCUUCGCACCGGCUGCGCCGGGCGCUAGGCAGUAGGCUUCGUUUCGCCCUCCUUGCCAGCGGCGGCUGGGAGCAGCCGGUCUCCGGAGAAUAUGCGGCGCGCUUGGAUCCUGCUCACCUUGGGCUUGGUGGCCUGCGUGUCGGCGGAGUCGAGAGCAGAGCUGACCUCUGAUAAAGACAUGUACCUCGACAACAGCUCCGUCGAAGACGCUUCGGGAGUUUAUCCUAUCGAUGAUGACGACUAUGCUUCUGCAUCAGGUUCAGGAGCUGAUGAGGAUGUAGAGAGCCCAGAGCUGACAACAUCCCGACCACUUCCAAAGACAGGGUUCACGAGUGCUGUUCCGAAAGUGGAAACCACGACACUGAAGAUCCAGAACAAGAUACCUGCUCAGACGAAGUCACCUGAAGAAAUUGAUAAGGAAAAAGUUCCUCUCUCUGACUCAGAAAGGAAAAUGGACCCCGCUGAAGAGGAUACAAAUGUGUAUACUGAGAAGCACUCAGACAAUCUGUUUAAACGAACAGAAGUCCUGGCAGCGGUCAUUGCUGGCGGAGUUAUCGGCUUUCUCUUUGCGAUUUUCCUUAUCCUGCUGUUGGUGUAUCGCAUGAGAAAGAAGGAUGAAGGAAGUUAUGACCUUGGAGAACGCAAACCAUCCAGUGCUGCUUAUCAGAAGGCACCGACUAAGGAGUUUUACGCCUGAAACUCCCACUUAGUGUCUCUAUUUAUGAGAUCACUGAACUUUUAAAAAUAAAGCUUUUGCAUAGAAUAAUGAAGAUCUUUGUUUUUUGUUUUUUGUUUUUUGUUUUUUCCAUUAAAGGGCCAUUCUGGCACUUUAAUGAUAAAACCCCAUUGUAUUUAAAACUUUUCAUGUAUUUCUUUAGAACGACAUAAAAUUAAAACUUAACAUCUGCAGUGUUCUGUGAAUAGCAGUGGCAAAAUAUUAUGUUAUGAAAACGCUCUAUGUUCAUGGAAUCGGUUUAAACUUUUAUGGGCAGAUACAAAAUGAUUGUUUUUAUCCUCUGGUUCGAAGAUGAAAGCUGUUUAAUUUGUGUCCGCAUGUCUCUGAUGGACCUUACCAAGUUGGUCUUAACUUUGUUAAUUUAUCUGUUGUUCCCCUCUCUCCUCUACUCUUCCCCUCUUGUCCCCUUGAAAACAAAACAAAACUCUAUGCCUUUUGUAGCUGUUACGGUGCAAUUUGUCUUUGGAUAAUUCAGAUAAUGGUAAUUUAGUGUAUAUGUGAUUUUCCAAAUAUGUAAACUUUAACUUCCACUUUGUAUAAAUUUUUAAGUGUCAGACUCUCCAUUUUACACUUGCUUUGUUUUUCAUUACCUGUAGCUUCAGGCAGAUUUGCAACAGCAAAUUAAUGUAUAAAAUCGGACGAUUACCACAAAACUGUUCAGUCAUAGCUAUGUAAUCACAUCUUCUUUUGGGAGGAUUUGAUGUGAGUUAACUGACAAGCCUCAGCAAACCCAAAGAUGCUAACAGUAUUUUGAGAAGUUGCUGCAGAUUCCUUUGGCCACUGUAUUUGUUAAUUUCUUGCAAUUUGAAGGUACGAGUAGGGGUUUAAGGAGAAAUCAGUUUUUGUUCUUAAAAAUGCAUUUAAGUUGUACACGUCUUUUUAAGCCUUUGAAGUGCCUAUGAUUCUAUGUAACUUGUUGCAGACUGGUGUUAAUGAGUAUAUAUAACAGUUUAAAAAAAAAGUCGGUAUUUUAUAAGCACAGACAAUUCUAAUGGUAACUUUUGUAGUCUUAUGAAUAGACAUCAGUUGUCAUUUGGGAACAUAAAAACUACUGAAUAAAUCAUGUGGCCUAAUAUUGAAAA